AUGACGUCGACGUUGAUAAGUACUAAAACGAAAACGAGAUCCGUAACUAUACUGACUGACGAUGAGAUUAAAGAUGAAUUUGGUAACAUCGAGGAAACGAAAAAGGCUGUCGAACGUGCGAUAAAUCGUGCACGUAAAACUAUGCAAAUUACCAAUAACAAUACUACUACAAGCAAUUUCAUUGGAAAAGAUCGAAAAUUUGCCCAAGCUUUGCAUCAAGAAGCUGAUCAAUUAUAUCAAAAAGGGAAUUACGAGACUGCAUUGGUAUUGUAUCAUAGAGCAGCAAACGUUUGUCCCAGGGAUGGUAGUCAUAAUGCGGCAGUUAGGCGAACGGCAACUAUGAUUAACUCAUGGCAAAAUCCAUCGAAACGUUUGCGAAAGUUCAUGUCGAAAACGAAUCAUGAUUCGGAACUGACGAUCGCACUUUGCCCCGAAGCGGCAGCCAUUAAAGCAUCUAAUGUUCUCAGACAGUCUCCAGAUUUCACUUCUGUUAACCAAGUUCUAAGUUACUUCGACGAGCAUCAAAACUUAUGGAAGGGAUCAUCGUCAACGAACACGAGUAUAUCAAGAUUACGUUUGACGCGAUCUAACGUUUUAUUAAAUCGUAUGAAAAUGAUGGCAGACACGAGUUUGAAUAAAUUAGAAACAGCUUUUCAUUCGGGUAACGUUAACUCUACCAUGAAAUACGCUAAAGAAUUGUUAACAAUUUCUAAUGGAAUCGAAGAAACUAAGAGAUACGAGAUAGAAGCUCAUCGUUAUUUGGCCUUGACACAGGUGAUGUUAGGUAGACACGACAGAGCGGUAAAUUACGUCGCUAAAAUGAUAUAUUCGGCAAAAAUGAGCAAAGAUUGUAUAUUAAUGUCGCAAGCAUUGGUAACGUUGGGCAAGGUACAUUUGAGUUUCGAUCAUUUGGAUGCGGCAGCUAAAGCAUGGGAACACUUAUCCAAAAAUUUAAAUUUAGAACCUGUUAUAAGUGCUUGGAUUAAUCAUGAAAUUGGACGUUGUUAUUUGGAAACUGGUCAAUUUAUGAAAGCGUUUAAUACAGGUACCCGUACUUUGGAAAUUGCUGAAGAUAUCGUCUCGAAUAAAUGGAUCCUUCACGGUAAACUCUUACGCGCUCAGGCAUUGGUUAAACUCGGUAGAUUUUCCGAGGCCUUGGAGGAAUUGAGGAUUUGCGCUAGGAUCAGCGAAGAGGAAGGUGACACACCGAUGCUCUCUUACAUUCAAAAUCUUAUCGUUGAUUUGACAACUCUCUUGAGGACAAUUGUAUUUUCAUCUAAAACCAAAAACGAGUUAGAAAUUGAUGAACAAGAAAUAUCUCAAAAUGAUUCGACUAUGGAAAAUGAUACUAUCUCUUUGCGUUCAUCGUCACGAAACUUAGAAGAAGAAGAAGAAGUAGUAGAUGAAGAAGAAAAAGAAGAAGAAGAAGAAGUAAAUGAACAAAUGAUCGGAAAUUCAACAUCGAGAACAUUUCGAAAGGAAAAGAACAAUCAUUCGGAUUUCGAAAAUCCAACGAAUGGUUUAGUAAGACUGACUAAUAGUAGUAGUAGUAGUAGUAGUAGUAGUACGACGUCCUUGAAGAGUCAGGUAACUAAUGCUACCUACGUUAUCGAUAAAACGACUUUGAUGCAACAUCAAGCGGAAAUGGGAAAGAUGCAGAAGAAAAAGGAGAAUAAGAAUAAUGAUAAAGAAAAUGUA